AGAAGUGAAAAAGAAAGUAAAAAACUCAUAGGAAAAGGAAGUAAGUCCAUGCGCAGUUCAUCAUUGCUGAUUUCCAACAGCAGUGUUCGUUCAGAUAGCCUAGCCACAUUUUACAUUCGGUACAUUUUAGACUUACAUCAACGCAGCUUCAAAGAUGUCAAAAACUGCCGUGAUGAAAGUCAGCAAGGCGAAUGCUGUCAAGGUAGAAAACUUCCGCCAGUCACUCCUGCAGCAGGCAGAGGGUCUGUUUUCCAAUCACAUUCCUCUGAAGAUCUCGCAGCUGGAUGCCUUGCUGCAGGAUGCUGAUCUCAGUGUCUCAGACCCUUCCGCGUUGCAUGCACCCCUGGAUAUCCCCAUCCCUGACCCCCCCAGCCCUGAGGAUGAGGAGAUGGAAACGGACAGUAACGAGGAGGAGGAGAAGAAGAAAAAGAAAGCCCCGAUUUGCGGCUACAUUGCGCCGAAUGAGAAGAUCGUGCGGCUGCUGGACAGGGUGAAGCCAGAGAUCCGGGCCCUGAAGGAGACCUGCAUCACGGUGUCCUGCUGGAUUCAGCAUCUGAUUCCCAAAAUCGAGGAUGGCAACGAUUUUGGAGUCGCUAUCCAGGAGAAGAUUCUGGAACGAAUCACUGCGGUGAAGACCAAGGUGGAGGGCUUUCAAACCAACAUCAACAAGUACUUCACAGAGAGAGGCGAUGCAGUGGCCAAAGCCUCCAAAGAAAGACAUGUGAUGGAUUACCGAUCGCUGGUCCAUGAGAAAGACGAGGCCGUGUAUGAUGAGGUCAGAGUGAUCGUGCUGGACAUUCGAGGAUUCUAUGCGGAACUAUAUGACAUCAUCAGCAAGAACUACGACAAAGUAACCAAUCCCAAGGGAGAGGAGAAGCCGUCCAUGUACUGAGAGCGAGAGACACGCCGUCUCCUGCCCACUGUGUCUCACCACAUUUGUCAGCAACGUAUAUCAGCCCGGUUUAGCAGAAAACAGCAGAGCGUAGCGAUAGUCUGUGAACGAAUGCAGGUUAGCCGUGUGUUUGACCCAUGCAGUUUUCUCCCUAGUAAAACACAGCUUUUAAACCUGUUUCAUGCCGAGUUUCUUCAUUUGAACCGAGUUUGUUCACAUUUUUAGUUUUUAAAAAUGCAGUAUUUAGGCAAGAUUCUGCCUCAAACUGAGUAACUGGCU